GCCAGGACCGUAAUGCAACUGAUUAUGGAUUAAGUUUAAAGUUCUCGUCGAGUAAAAGAAGAUCUGUAGCAGCGGCAUUGAAAGAACUCCAAGAAAAAAGACACAUCUUCAAGUCACAGAUCAGAAACCUAUACAAAUCAAGUAAAGAUUGACUUAUUCAUCACAAACCUGAGGAAUAACUGACAGUGACAGGGUGAGAGUAUUUGAUUUGUAUCUACUAUUAAGUGGGAUAUUAUCGAGGACUACCAACAAAGAGCCGGAUUGAACGACUAAUGUAGGAUGCUGGGUGUACUGUUACUCCUACCCCUGCAUUUAGUGGUGGCUGAUGAGUAUGACGCUCUCUUCAAAAAGAUGAUGGAUUGCAACCCUAGUACGGCGGCUUUCGCUAUAAGUGCUGUGAAAGAUGGAAAGUUGGAGUUGAAUAGAGCCUACGGUAAGGCUAACAGAGAAAAAAACAUUGAUGUCACCAACAAUACCAGGUUUAGUAUAGGGUCGAUAUCUAAAGAGUUUACUGGUUACAUGGCUGGUAAACAAGUGCUAGAAGGUCACUACGACUGGCAGGAGAAGAUUACAGAUAUAUUUGCCAAGAAAAACGUUAAAAUGUCCAUGCAAGGUGCCUUUAGGAACAAAACGUGCACGCUAGAAGAUGCCAUGACGCACAGAACUGGUAUUAAGAUGCACGACUGGUUACUCACAGACGACAGGGACAUCUCCCGAUCAGAUUGGGUCACCAAAUUUAUCCCACUUUUCCAAGAGGAAUUGGAGAUGAGAUCUUCAUUUUACUACAAUAACUGGUUUUACACUCUGGUGGGAUACAUCGUGGAGUUGUUCGGAGGGAAAUCAUUCGAGAAACAGGUAAAAGAGUCAAUAUUUGAUCCGCUGGAAAUGAAACAAUCAUGUUUUGUGUCUGACGACGAGUUCGACGCGUUAAGCGAGAAAGACUUUGCUCAGCCGUACCAGGAAGGAGAGGACCGCAGUACUCUGUACCCCGUCCCUAAAGAGGCCAUGAAGUUCAUAGGGAUACACAACCCAGCAGGUGGCAUCAUAUCUACAGCGGGUGAUAUGGCCAAGUUCAUGAUCGGUGUUAUAGACGCACUGAACGGUGAAGAUGGAGCCGUGCUGAGCAAGGACGUUAUGGAGAGUAUAACAGAGCCAAAGACACUGAUGGGUAUGCAGUUAGGGGACUCCACAUUAAUAGAGAAACCUACCUUCAACGCUACCUUCAAAGACAGUGGUUAUGCUUAUGGGCACAUCAUCGGAACAUACAGAGGGUACAAGUACGUUAACCACGGAGGUUCCACCUACGGGCACUACAGCCUCAUCACUGUAAUCCCUAGUCUAAAGAUAGGUGUGUUCACCGUGAUAAGUGGCAACAACUACAAGAACACUAAUAUGUGGAGGAUGCAGAAGCCCAUGCAGAUCUACAUGCUUGAUAAGUUGAUGAAGCAAGACGUGUGGCUGGACGCAGAAAAUGCUUGUACCUUCCCCAAACCAUGGAUUGGAGAAAACACUGACACUUUUGAAGGGGCAAAGAGAAAGGUGGAAGAGGAAAUAGUCGAUAAACCAUUGUCCGUGGAAGAGGCUGAGUAUGUCACAGGAAAUUACUCAAAUCCAGUUUAUCCGACAAUGAAAUUGAAGCUGGAGGAUUCUCAAUUAAAGUUUGAAAUGGGCAAUUCCAACGGCACAAUAAUCCGAACACCCGGAGAAAAUGAAAACAGAUUAAAGAUAAUCCUGAACAUGCCGGUAGACCCUCUAAACCUACCCGAGAAGGAGAAGAUGGUAGCCUACUUGAUAUACCCGACUGCGCCUUUAACUGCUAAUAAGGUUGAGAAUUUAGAAUUUGAAAUGGGACAAGAGAGAUACCAGUUCACCAGAAACGGUUCAGACACUCAUCACCUCUCCGUAUUUCUUGUGAUCGGAGCAUUUAUAAUCAAACUGUUAUCAAAUAACUGUUAAUUUAGAUAAGAAUACACGAAAUGUACUGACUAAAACUAAAUUCAGUAGCCAAUUUAAUUUCAGCUAGUUUUCCAUAGGAAUAGGAUCAAGGGUCACAGAUUUAAAUAUCAUCGUCAUAAUUCAUAUUAUGCCAUGAUGCUAAAUAGUUUGCAUUUCCGAUUACUUUGCUCAACAGCAACAUUUUGAAACCGUCACUGCACGUUUCAUCGAUAACGUGUUCUAUUUAUUACAUAUUUGAAAUUUUCUCUGAAAUCAAGAGAAGUAACUGUAAGUUUAUAAGUAGAUUAUCUUAUUAAAUUCUUUUGUUAGCUCCUCAACUCUAGUUUUUUUGUCGUAAAAAUUAAAAUGUUAACCGGUUUUUGUUUUCGUUGUGAUUGUUUUUAGUAAAAUUUAUAUGUCCGUUCACGCAAUAUUUAGUUUAUAAGUAGAUUAUCUUAUUUAAUUCUUUUGUUAGCUCCUCAACUCUAGUUUUGCUUGUCGUAAAAAUUUAAAUGUUAACCGGUUUUUGUUUUCGUUGUGAUUGUUUUUAGCAAAAUUUAUAUGUCCGUUCACGCAAUAUUAGUCCAAAUUACGUCCAAUAAAGUAAUCAAAAAUAUUCUGUAUUCAAUUGAUUAAUUAAAUUUAAUAAAU